AUGUCAGAACACAGCAAGAACUCAGAUCUUGAAGAAUUCUUGGAUGUGGAGCUUGAUGAAGAUGAGAUCUUGGCCAACUUGUCCCCUGAAGAGCUUAAAGAACUGCAGUCUGAAAUGGAAGUUAUGGCGCCUGAUCCCAGGCUUCCUGUGGGAAUGAUUCAGAAAGAUCAAACUGACAAGCCACCCACAGGAAACUUUGACCAUAAAUCUCUUGUUGACUAUAUGUAUUGGAAAAAGGCCUCCAGACGCAUGCUGGAAGACGAACGCGUUCCUGUCACCUUUAUGUCAUCUGAGGAAAACACACAAGAACAACAUGAAGAAAUAGACAAACGCAAUAAAAAUUUGUCCCAGUUUUUAAAAGAGAAGCUCAACAGUGAAAUAACUGCAAAUAAAAGAGAAUCAAAGAAUGCCAACCUUGUCCAAGAAACAAAUAAUAAUGAAAAUGAAGACGAUGAAGGAGAUGAAGACGAUGAAGACGAUGAAGAUGACGAAGACGAUGAAGACGAUGAAGAUGGAGAAGAUGACGAAGAAACAAAAACAGAGGGUUUAGCAAAGGAACAAAUUAGAAAUGGUGAGAGCAUCUGCCAACCAAUAACUAAUAAAGCAUUCGAAAGACAGAAAGUCAAACCAGAGGCUCAAGAAAAAAGUGAGAAAAAAAUAUCAAAAUUAGACCCUAAGAAGUUAGCUUUAGAUACAAGUUUUCUGAAGGUAAGUGCAAGGCCUUCAGGAAACCAAACAGACCUGGAUGGAAGUUUGAGGCGAGUUAGGCAAAAUGAUCCUGAUAUGAAGGAACUCAACCUGAACAACAUUGAAAAUAUCCCCAAAGAAAUGUUACUGGACUUUGUCAAUGCAAUGAAGAAAAACAAACACAUCAAAGCCUUCAGUUUAGCAAAUGUGGGUGCUGAUGAGAACGUAGCGUUUGCUUUGGCUAAUAUGUUACGUGAAAACAGGAGUAUUACCACUCUCAACAUUGAGUCCAAUUUCAUCACAGGUAAAGGAAUUGUAGCCAUCAUGAGAUGCCUCCAAUUUAAUGAGACGCUCACAGAACUGCGCUUUCACAACCAGAGGCACAUGCUGGGUCACCAUGCUGAAAUGGAGAUCUCUAGGCUUUUGAAGGCAAACAGCACUCUCAUCAAGAUGGGCUACCAUUUUGAACUUCCAGGUCCCAGAAUGGUGGUCACCAAUCUGCUGACCAGAAAUCAAGAUAAACAAAGGCAGAAAAGACAAGACGAACAAAAGAAGCAGCAACUCAGAGAGCAGAGACAGUUAAUAGCCAUGUUGGAGAACGGGCUGGGGCUGCCUCCUGGUAUGUGGGAGAUGCUAGGCGGACCAAUGCCAGAUCCCAGAAUGCAGGAAUUUCUCCAGCCUCCUUCGGGACCUCCCAACUCGAAAGCAGGCCCCUUUAGUCGGCGGAAUGAAAUGAAAAGUCCUUCACAGCCUCAGCAGUACAAGACAGACCCUGACUCCUUUCGGGUGGUAAAGUUGAAACGAAUGCAGCGUAAAUCUCGGAUGCCAGAAGCCAGAGAAGCUCCGGAGAAAACCAACCUCAAAGAUGUGAUCAAAACACUGAAACCUGUGCCGAGAAAUCGACCUCCUCCCUUGGUGGAGGUCACGCCUAGAGAUCAACUCUUGAAUGAUAUUCGACACAGCAACGUUGCAUAUCUUAAACCUGUAAGUAGACGGAGGGAGACAUAG